GGAAAAAAAUCCAAGCGGUUUAGCCAUGGACGACUGGUUGUUCUACUCGCUCACCUCGCUGCUCUGCCUCGCCUGCUCGCUGCUGCUGCGCGCCCGCGCGUCGGCGUCGGCGGCGGCGGCCAAGGAGGCGGCGGCGGAGGAGGCGGUGCCGCCGUUGCCGCCGGGGCCGAGGUCCGUGCCGGUGGUGGCGCCGCUGAUGUUCUUGGCGCGGAGGGACUUCGACGUGGAGCCGACGCUGCGGCGGAUCGCGGCGGAGCACGGGCCCGUGUUCACGUUCGCGCCGCUGGGGCCGUCGCGGCCGACGGUCUUCGUGGCGGCGCGGGCGCCGGCUCACCGCGCGCUGGUGCAGCGCGGGGCGGCGUUCGCGUCGCGCCCCCGCGGCGGCGGCGGCCCGGCGUCCGCGCUGCUCAGCAGCGGCGGGCGCAACGUGAGCUCGGCGCCGUACGGGCCGACGUGGAGGGCGCUCCGGCGGUGCAUAUCCUCCGGCGUGCUCAACCCGGCCCGGCUCCGCGCGUUCUCCGACGCGCGGCGGUGGGUGCUCGACGUGCUGGUCUCCCACGUCCGCCGCGACGGCGGCGCGCCGGUGACCGUGAUGGAGCCGUUCCAGUACGCGAUGUUUUGCUUGUUGGUGUACAUGUGCUUCGGCGACCGCCCCGGCGACGCGCGCAUCCGGGAGAUCGAAGCGCUGCAGCGCGACCUGCUCGGCAGCUUCCUCAGCUUCCAGGUCUUCGCGUUCGUCCCGGCGAUCACCAAGCUCGUGUUCCGCAAGCGGUGGAGCAAGCUGGUGUCGCUGCGGCGGCGGCAGGAGGAGCUGUUCGUCCCGUUGAUACGCGCCAGGAGGGAGGCCGGCGCCGGCGGCAACUGCUACGUCGACUCCUUGGUGAAGCUGACCAUCCCGGAGGACGGCGGGAGGGGGCUUACCGACGACGAGAUCGUCAGCCUCUGCUCCGAGUUCAUGAGCGCCGGCACCGACACCACCGCCACCGCGCUGCAGUGGAUACUGGCCAACCUCGUCAAGAACCCGGCGAUGCAGGACAGGCUCAGGGAGGAGAUCACCGCCGUCGUGGGGGCCGACGGCGACGACGAGGUGCGGGAGGAGGACCUCCAGGGGAUGCCGUACCUCAAGGCCGUCGUGCUGGAAGGUCUCCGGCGGCAUCCUCCCGGCCACUACGUGCUCCCCCACGCCGCGGAGGAGGACACCACGCUGGACGGGUACCGCGUGCCAGCGAACACGCCGGUGAACUUCGCCGUGGGGGACAUCGGCCUCGACGGCGAGGUCUGGACCGCGCCGAGGGAGUUCCGCCCCGAGCGGUUCCUCCCCGGCGGCGAGGGCGAGGACGUGGACCUCACCGGCAGCAAGGAGAUCAAGAUGAUGCCGUUCGGCGCCGGCCGGAGAGUCUGCCCCGGCAUGGCGCUGGCGCUGCUCCACCUCGAGUACUUCGUGGCCAACCUCGUCAGGGAGUUCGAGUGGCGCGAGGUCGCCGGCGAGGAGGUCGACCUCACCGAGAAGCUCGAGUUCACCGUCGUCAUGAAGCGGCCGCUCAAGGCGACCGCUGUUCCGCUGCGCGGCGAGCGAUCCGCCGCCGUCAAAUGUUCAGCUUGAUUGAGCAUGCAAGACCUCAACGACGGCGACGGCGACGGUGGCCGUCUUCAUGGCUUCUCUUUGCUCAUGCUACCAAUUACUAGCAAUUAUAAUGGUGAUUAGAUUAAGCUUCUCUUGUUCUUUUGGGUAUUAGUAAACUAAUUAAGACUAAUGAUGAUGUACUCCUACUAGUGUGUAUGUACAAAAUACAAUAUGCAGCAUUGAUUGGUA